AUGUGUAUGCUCUUGGUUUAUAAAUUCUGUACUCACUUACAGAACACCAGCCCUCCGAAUGCGAAAUUCAUCCCGUGCAAGCAUCACCCACGACUUGUAAUAGAGGCUCAAUCCGGUGGACCGCACUCUAUUCAAGAAAAACGGCUUUCGAAUCACCUGGAGUGUAAGUUUUCGAUUUUUGCCAUCAUCUGUCGCAGCAACGAGAUUGACGGCUACACAGACUGUUUUCGAAAUGCACAAACAGUGGUAGUGCAUGUCGGCCACGUACUGCCUCCUGGAACUUGUGUUCCUGACCCCUCGUUGGCUGUGGGUGUCAAGGGCGGCGCCGGUCAAGGUGGUGCUAGCUCGUCAAAACUUUACUUUCGGCGAUGUGAUGGGUUCUAUGUCGAUGUUAAUGGGGAACCCUUGCCUACACAGAGGGAAGCGUACCAAGCCGCUCAGCAGGCGCAGCAGCGGUCGACGCAGCAGCGUUCUCCUCAACCAGGUCCAGUCCAGCAGGAUCCUCUCCCGCAGAAUCCACCACCGCAGGCUCCGCCCAAUCAAGACCGAGGCUCGAUGACAGGUUCCCAAAUCUUACCAGAAGAGCGCCAGGAAAUCUGUCAACCGACCUCGGGCCUAACCCAGCAACGUUCUUCCUCGCAAAGUCCGCCCCGGGAAGCCGCUCAGCAGCAAAAGCAAGAGCGAUCACGUCAAGGCCAGCAGCGCCAGCGUUGA